AUGGGGCGGAAGGUGACAAAAGUCGCGGUGCAGCGCAAAUCGAUACGAAUUGUCAACCGCAGAGUGCCGCCUCAUGAGCAGCAGAGCAGCAAACGACAAAGUACCGCCCUUAUUACCGACGAAGAAGAUCCGCUCCCCGCAGGCAGCAUGAUUGUCGAACGCCGCAUCAAGCUCGUGACCGAGCAGCACAACAUCCCGAAGCCGCCUCAGAUCGAGGGAUAUCCCAUGAAGGAAUGGACGGUGGAGGUUUACGUGCUGGACGAGAGCGGCAAGGAGAGGCCGGCGAGGUGCUUCCAGAAGGUGGUGUAUAACCUUCACCCGUCGUUUGAGAACCCGGUGCAGACCUUCCACGAGCCGCCAUUCAAAUGCACCAACGAGGGCUGGGGAGAGUUCGAGAUGACGAUCGACUGCUACACGACGGAAAAGGGCGGCAAACAAUCGAUCUUGCACGAUCUCAACUUUGCCAACGCGACGUACGAGAAUGUCCACACGGUGCAGUUCAAAAACCCGUCGCAGGCACUGCAGACGAUUCUGCGCGAGACGGGCCCACUGCCGACGGACGAGGAGCGCAAGGUGCGCAAGCCGCAGGACGGGAUCAAGAAGAGGAAGACGUUUGAUAUCGAGAAGAUGGCGGACGCGAUUCCGCGGCUCGGCGAGGAUGACUUGCUACACAUCAUCCAGCUGAUCCACGACAACAAGAGCGAAGAUACAUACUUUGUAAACAAUCCUGACGCGGGAGAGUUUUCGUUCGACCUGUACACAAUACCCGACAGUCUUGGCCGGGCAAUGUGGGACUACAUUCUUCAAACGUCCGAGGGCCACCGCCUUCGAUGA